CGAGCGACUCCACGCGAGCGAUCCGCUGCCCCGAGAGCGCCCGCCGGCCGACGCGAGAAAGGAAGGAACGAAGGGAGGGAGAGAGAGACCAUGUCCGAGACGGCGCCCGAAGCCCCCGCGGCCGCUGCGCCGGCAGCCAAGGCGCCGGCCAAGAAGGCCAAGAAGCCCGCGGGCGCCGCCAAGCCGCGCAAGGCGUCCGGGCCCAGCGUCACCGAGCUGCUGACCAAGGCGGUGGCCGCCUCGAAGGAGCGCAACGGCGUGUCCCUGGCCGCGCUGAAGAAGGCGCUGGCGGCGGCCGGCUACGACGUGGAGAAGAACAACAGCCGCAUCAAGCUGGGGCUGAAGAGCCUGGUGGGCAAGGGCACGCUGGUGCAGACCAAAGGCACGGGCGCCUCGGGCUCCUUCAAGCUCAACAAGAAGCAGCAGGAAGGCAAGGACAAGGUGGUCAAGAAGAAGCCGGCCGUCAAGAGCAAGAAGCCCGCCGCCAAGAAGCCGGCCAGCGCCGCCAAGAAGCCCAAGAAGCCCGCCGCCACGAAGAGCCCCAAGAAGGCUGUCAAGAAGCCGGCCGCGGGCGCCAAGAAGGCGGCGAAGAGCCCCAAGAAGGCCAAGCCGGCCAAGCCCACGAAGGCGGCUAAGAGCCCCGCCAAGGCCAAAACGAAGGCGGCCAAGCCCAAGACGCCCAAGGCGAAGGUGGCCAAGCCCAAGAAGACGGCGGCUAAGAAGAAGUGAAGCAGCUUCUGUGACUUUUAAUCCCAAAGGCUCUUUUAAGAGCCACCCACUCUUUCAG